CAUUAUCUUCUUGCCUUUGCCUACUUAUAUGAUCCUAUCAUUGUUUAAGACUUCAGGGAACUUCACUAGAAAUCUCCAUGAAACUUCUCCUCUCUUGAAAUGAGCCAAUAAAAUUUUGCUUGUUGAAUAUUUGAUUAGGUACAAGGCCAAGGCCAGUGGUGUAUAUCCAUAUAAAUUUCUCUGACAGUCACUGAUUCAGUGGGUCAGAACUUGGUCCUUUCUUCCUUCACGGGGUUGUUCUUAGCUUAACAGACAAGUUCUUGAUCUUGAUACCCUUCUCCCAUCAAGAUUUGGUUGUUUUCUUGCUGUUUAGAGUUUUUAUCAUCCUACCAUUUUUCUGCACUAACAUAUAAAAGGCCAAAUUCUCUGCAAUCAUGAACAAGGACAUGUUAAGAAUGAAGCCCAAGGUCACGGGAAUGUCAUCACCGGCUAAAGGCGGCGGCAACUCAGAGGCUGGAGGAUGGGAGGUUAGGCCAGGGGGGAUGUUAGUCCAGAAGAGAAACAUAGAUUCCAACCAAAAUUUCAAUGUAGUGCCAAUGAUUAAAGUCAGGGUCAAAUACGGUUCAUCUUAUCAUGAAGUCAAUAUUAGUUCUCAAGCAAGUUUUGGUGAAUUGAAGAAAAUGCUUGCAGCACCAACUGGAUUGCAUCCACAAGAUCAGAAGUUACUAUACAAAGAUAAGGAAAGAGAUUCCAAAUUGUUUCUUGAUAUUGCUGGUGUGAAGGGUGGAUCAAAACUUGUCUUGAUUGAGGAUGAAUUGAGCAGAGAAAGACGGUGUCUUGAAUCACGAAAGAAUGCAAAGAUGGAGAAAGCAGCUAAAGAAAUUUCAACAAUUAGAGUUGAAGUUGACAAGCUCGCAAAGCAGGUUGGAGCAACUGAAUUAGAAAUCUCUGCUGGCAAAAAGGUAACGGAAUCGGUUCUCUUCAACUUGAUUGAACUUCUGAUGACACAACUUAUAAAACUGGAUGGGAUUACUGCUGAUGGAGAUGUAAAAUUGCAGAGAAGAAUGCAGGUGAAGAGGGUGCAGAAGUACAUUGAAACUCUAGACAUGCUGAAGAUGAGAAAUUCUACUCUUGGCAACAAUAGCAGUCCUAGGGUGUCAUUCCAGGAGGACCAUAGGAUGUUUACUGGACAGAUGCAGGUGCCAAUUCACAAUCACUACGAGCAGAAAAGGCAGACAAAUUUUGUUCAGAGGUCUCCAGGUCCAGUUGUGGUAACAACAAAAUGGGAAACCUUUUAAUGUGAGGCAUACAUAAAAGUUUGAUGGCUUUUACUGCUGCUGCUGAGGCAGCCACAGAAAGCAUCAUAAUAGCAUGGCCAAUCAUUGAAUAUUUCUUAGCAAGUUGGGAUGAGAUGCUGCCAGUAUAAAGAUAUAUGCACAUAGUACAAAUAUUUUUUGUUCUGGUUAUGGAACUGUACUGGGAAUCAUAUUAGCCCUGUUCAUUUUGUUUGUGGUCAUCGAUUCUUUUCUGUACCUAGAUUUUGACAUCCACCCUGUUGGGGCUCAAGAGAUGAUGAUUUGGUUUUUUAUGUGGCCUUUCAGUUCCAACUUGUACAUAUCAAAGGGUGGAUAGAUAAGGUUGAGGCUUUCCAUAUUUA